AUGUUCCGGAUCUGGGAUCUCGCCGAAGAGCUGCGGAGCUCGAUCGUGAAGCACCUGAUUCCAGACGCCCACAUCAAGGUCGUCCUCGUCAAACCUCGCAAAGGAGAAGGAAGAACAUACCACGUCAUCCUCGUCAACGAGUCCGAGUGGGCAGACUUCCGCACCCUACAUUCUUGCGGCACUUUAUCACGCACUCUGUGCAGGCAAGCACUCUUCGAUGCGCGCCAAGCCGACGAGACGCGUAUCAUCAUCGACAUGAGCCGCCACACGUAUCAUCCAGCGCAUCCCGUGUUCCGAUCUACCUUCACCCACAACAUCUCGCAGAAGACCUUGUUGCACUUCCUCAGCAACUUCACCCGUCUCCACACUAGUACGCCUGUGGCUGUCGUCAAGGGACCCGAGCAAGAAGACCUCAGCUUCGAUGGAGAAGACAGCGAUUUGGAAACCAUCAUCCAGCGCGUCUCUGUCCUCUACGACAUCGACUCUCUCGUCACCACGGCGGACCCUGGCGACAACGACAAGAUCCUUCGCAUGACCUUCAAGACGUUGAUGGACGACAGCGACAAGAAGAGUGCGCCGUCGUUCGCCGCGGUCAACGACGGAAUCGAAUGGGCGCUCCAUUACUCCCAAGCUUCGCAGUCCGGUAGCAUCGCCUCACCCUACCUCGCAAAGCAACUCACUGCCGAAGGCCUUUGGGCUGUCGGCAAUUUGCUCGCCGGUCGAGCCGGCCGCGUCGCCACGCACUUUCUUGAUGAUUAUCUUGGUGCCACCGACGUGCGGACCAAGUGCCACAGCACAUCCGUGAAGUGGCUUCGGGAGUGGGAGGAGCGGGAGAGUGUAAAGGCGGCACAAGAGGAAGAUGAGGGCAUGGAUGAGUCCGAGUAA